AUGGAACUGAGUGACGAAGUCGCGGUGCGGCUGAGAACCCAUGAGGACUUCGAAGCGUUCUGUUGCGCGUUCGAGGCGAGCGACGCCGCGUUCGUGCGAUGGGCGCGCGCGUACUCCGACAGAAACGGGACGACCCCGCUCCACCUCGCGGCGAAGGGCGGUCGAUUGCAGGUCGUGGGUCUGUUAUUGAAAAAAAAAGACGAAGUCGACGCCAAAGACAGAAAACAGAGGACCCCGCUCCACCUCGCGGCAACGGGCGAGAUCGCGAGCCUGCUCCUGAACGCGGGGGCGGAGGUCGACGCCAGAGACAAAUACGGCUAUACCCCGCUCUACCGCGCGGCGCGGGACGAUCGACGCGAUGUGGCGAGCGUGCUCCAGCACCACAACGCAAACCUCUACGCCGCCUCACGACAUGGGUGGACCCCGCUUCACACAAAACUCCUGCGAUUCCUUGAUCUGAACAUUACCCUGGAAUUAACCCACUCAGACUACGAUUGGAAGAGUGGAUUGAAGAGAUCCGCUAAAGACAGAACGAAGGCCGAAGACAGAAAACAGAGGACCCCGCUCCACCUCGCGGCAACGGGCGAGAUCGCGAGCCUGCUCCUGAACGCGGGGGCGGAGGUCGACGCCAGAGACAAAUACGGCUAUACCCCGCUCCACCGCGCGGCGCGGGACGGUCGACGCGAUGUGGCGAGCGUGCUCCUGCACCACAACGCAAACGUCCACGCCGCCUCACGA